GAUCUUCGUGCAUGGCCUGAAACAUCGGAUGGUAUCGUUGAAGUGUUCAGGAAGAAUAUUCCAGCCAUGCAUCCGUUUGCAGUGGAACAAGUUGAACGUGACCUGAACAUUUGA